AUGAAGGCAUCCACGCUCCUCACCGCGCUGCUUGUGCCCUUCGCCGCCGCCGCGCCGUCGCCUCGCACUACCAAGUGUACAACGAGCAAUGCUGUUCAGCGGAAGGAAUGGGGCUCGAUGAGCAACUCGGAGAAGCUCAGCUACAUUGAUGGUGUGAAAUGCCUCAUGAAGCAGCCCUCCAAGUUUAAGAAAGGUCUCGUUCCUGCCAGCACAUCGUGGUUCAGCGACUUUGCUGGCGUCCACGUAAACCUCACGACAAGCAUUCAUAUCAGCGGCAUUUUCUUGAGCUGGCAUCGUCACUUUCUGUACCUGAUGGAAGAGGCACUACACGAUAAAUGCAACUAUCCCAAGACCCUGGGUCUACCCUACUGGGACUGGACUAAGUACCCGACUCUUGAGACAAGCCCGCUCUUCAACGGAGGCCCAUACUCACUCGGUGGCAAUGGAUUGUACGAGGAUACCGGCCCGUACAUUGUCGGUGUCGGCCAGGAGCUCCCGCACGGAAGCGGUGGCGGCUGCGUCACCACUGGUCCUUUCGCCAACACCACGGUCAAUUUCGGUCCAUUCAACUUCAAUCUUGUCUUCACUGGUUUACCAGCUACCUGGAACAUUGCCAACCCUCGCUGCAUGAACCGCGAUCUGAACAACUACGGUAUCAAGACCUACGACAACCAGACUCUGAUCAAUGAGAUGCUCGCGGCAACCACCAUUAAAGAUGUCCAGAUCCUCAUGAACAGCAAGAAUGUCGGCACGACCGACCGUGGUCUACAUGGUGGCGGCCAUUACGGAGUGGGCGGUGUCAUGUUUGACUUCUUCGCAUCACCACAGGAUCCUGCCUUCUUCCUGCAUCACGGGCAGAUCGAUCGCAUCUGGGCGCAGUGGCAGGCAGCCAACCCGAAGGUCAGGAGAUACCAGUACAAUGGCACCAGCACCAUUUUCAACACCAACGCGACUCCAGAAGUCAGCAAUUGCACCAUCAUGGACUUUGGCGUGCUUGGAUCCCCGCAGAAUCUGCGCGACGUUGCCGAUCCCAUGAGCGGACUCUACUGCUACCGCUAUGUCUAA